CUUCCGUCGGUGCCGCACUCUGCAUCCGGGUCAGCUGCUGCCGCAGCAGCUGUAGACGGGGGACUGGGCCCGGGUCUCCGCUGCUGUCCGAGGGGAGCGGGCUCCUCUCGGCGCUAUCUCCUGCGCCCUGGCCGUCAGUCCCACGUCGCCGGCCUGGAGCGGCGAAGAAGACGAGGGAGCCAAGGCUUCCUGCGGGGGCAUUGGCUCUCCGGAUUAUCAGGAGUUUGUAGUUGAUAUUGAAUCUAAGCUGAGGAUGGAAGGUGUGGAACUUAAAGAAGAAUGGCAAGAUGAAGAUUUUCCAAUACCUUUACCAGAGGAUGAUAGUAUGGAAGCAGAUGUAUUAGCUGUAAGUGGACCAGAGAGCCAGCCUGAAGUUAAUGGAAAUAAAGUAAGAAAGAAACUCAUGGCUCCAGAUAUUAGCCUGACCCUGGAUCCUAGCGAUGGCUCUGUGCUGUCAGAUGAUUUGGAUGAAAGUGGGGAGAUUGACUUAGAUGGCUUAGACACGCCAUCAGAAAACAGUAAUGAAUUUGAGUGGGAAGAUGAUCUUCCAAAACCCAAAACUACUGAAGUUAUUAGGAAAGGCUCAAUUACUGAGUACACAACAGCAGAGGAAAAAGAAGAUGGACGACGCUGGCGUAUGUUCCGAAUUGGAGAACAGGACCACAGGGUUGAUAUGAAGGCAAUUGAACCCUAUAAGAAAGUUAUCAGCCAUGGAGGAUAUUACGGGGAUGGAUUAAAUGCCAUUGUUGUGUUUGCUGUCUGUUUUAUGCCCGAAAGUGGUCAGCCUAAUUAUAGAUACCUGAUGGACAAUCUCUUUAAGUAUGUUAUUGGCACUUUGGAGCUAUUAGUAGCAGAAAACUACAUGAUAGUUUAUUUAAAUGGUGCUACAACUCGAAGGAAAAUGCCCAGUCUGGGAUGGCUCAGGAAAUGCUAUCAGCAAAUUGAUAGAAGGUUACGGAAAAACCUAAAAUCACUAAUCAUUGUACAUCCCUCAUGGUUUAUCAGAACACUUCUAGCUGUCACAAGACCCUUUAUUAGCUCAAAAUUCAGCCAAAAAAUUAGAUACGUCUUUAAUUUGGCAGAACUAGCGGAACUUGUCCCCAUGGAAUAUGUUGGCAUACCAGAAUGCAUAAAACAGUAUGAAGAAGAAAAGUUUAAAAAGAAACAAAAAAGAGUUGAUCAAGAACUUAAUGGAAAACAAGAAGAACCGAAAAGUGAACAGUAAGUUUGGUAUCUAGUCCAAACAAGAAUGAAGAAUGUACUGAUGAAGCAGUGCUCUUUUUUGCAUUUAGAAUGCAUUUAUUGGCCCUGAUUUUUAUGUAACCUGUUACAAAAUUGACUCUUCCUUACUGGACUUUUGUAUAAGGGACUGUUCACUGCUGUAUUGGUUUGCAAAUCUCUUGAAUUUAGCUCCUUAUUAGCUAAUUAUAUUGUAACCAUUUUGUAUUUUAUAUUGCUAAAUAGCAGAGAACCACACUUUAUAUAAAGCAGUUUUUGCAUUUGUUUGUUGAAUGAUGCAUCCUCUUCAGUAGACUAUUUAUAUGCCUAAAUGGUAAAGGAAAGAGAUAAUAUAUAUUUUUGUUUCUGAGCAAUAUUUUUUAAUGUAUACCUGUCUUGUGGAAGAAUAUGUAGGUAAAUAAGACCAUGAUUUGUAAAGUGCAUGUUUGAAUUUUUGUUUUUGUAAAUGGUUAGAUACAUUUCCUGGGUAACUUAGAAAACAGAGUUGCUCAUAAGGUGAGGGACAGUUUAAACUGGUUCUUAUGAAUACCCAAAGGUCAUGUACAUAAUCUAAGUAGAUUAAUACUCUCCUAAGCUUUUUUCCCCCCUCAUUUAUUACUGUUUCUUAAUUCAGAAGCACAGAUACAAAUGUAUUGCAUACAUUUUCCUUUUUAAACUUUAAAGACAAGUCAAAAAGCCAUUUUUAGAACUACACAAUUUAAGAGGCUAAGCAGUGGGGUUUGUAUAUAUUUUGUAUAUAUGGAACGUUUUAUCUUCUGGCCAAAAGUCAGAACUUUAUAAAAAUUUUAGGUCUGUUCACUAAUGUGAAAUAAGCUUGUGUGUCCCGGGUAUCACUCUCCAGAAUUUGUGAGUACAGUGUAGUGUUCAGAGAAUGUGAUGAGUUACUCACUGUCACCAUUUUUCUGUAGAAAAUAGGAGCUGCUUUUUAACUGCUCUCAGUGUGGGCACUUUACCAAAAUACUUCUGUAUCGGUUACUGAAACUUGAUAGCAGAGGUAGGUGUUUGACCUUGUGGAAUCAUGUUGACAGUACUGUAAAUUUAAGUUAUUUUGUAAGUCUUAGAGCAUCAUUACAUUAUGCUGUUUUGGACAAUAUGGGAUAUAAGCAUAUAAACUUUUCGUUUAAUUUGGUAAGUA